AUCGAACUAGUUCAUCAUAAGAUCGUUCUAUAUCAUACUAGUAAGAAUUAAGAUUCUUAAAUGUCCCAGUUCAAAUCAGAAUUCCAAUCUGAACUAGGAUGAUUCCGAACUCAACUAUAUUUUAAACAGUACUGUGACAUAUAUAUGAAGGACCUUUUUAGAUAUUUAUUCACUUAAGUUCUCGAAACAUUUUCUAUUCAUUUUAGUUUACAAUCAACAUCUGCUAGAGGUAACCGUCGAAAAGGUACUAAUUUCUUUUUGAUUUCUCUGAUGUUCUAUAAUUAUUCUUUUGUUUGUUUUCUAAACUAGCAGAUAAACAAACAAUGCCAUCAUUUGUAUUUAUCAUCGAUGACAUCACGGAUCCCAUACCAUUCAAUAAAUUACUUGAUGCGGUUUAUUUACCUGUACAAUUUUCCAGCACUAAUAUGACUCAAUAAAAAUUGAUAAAUGUUUUUUUUUUUUUUUGUAAAAAUUUUAUUGAUAUUUUUUUAUUCUUUUCUUUUUGUAGAUAAAAUUAUUAAGAAAAAAAAAAAUCUUGAUGGCAUUUUGUCGAAAUUCAUUUUCGAUUCGAAAAACAAAACCUCGCAAAGUUGUCUCACGUUCACCACUUAAACUACCUGCUGAAGAACUUUCACGUGAACUUGGACCACAAUAUCAAACAAUUGAUGUUCGUGUCGGUAAUCAAAAACUGGCAUAUGAUAUUGCACAAGGCGAUUGGUUGGCUGAUGGAAUAGUCAGUACAGCAGUUAGUGCUCGUGAAAUGGGAAAAUUAGAAAAGAAAAAAAGAGAAUUAGAAGAAGAUAAUAAUAUUCUUCGAACAAAACUGGAUAUUCUACUUGAAAUGCUUGCUGAAGUUACUGCUGAACAUGAACUUCGACGUACUGGUUAA